AGAUUUUAUAUUAUUAAUUUGUUUUACCUUUUUAGAAAUGGCCUUUGACAUCGUUCGCCAUUCACCACCCACAUCUAACAUUGAAAACAGACGUUCUGAUUUGAGAUUUCAACCCCUCCAAUCGCCAUUUUCAAGACCUUUAGAUCUGAUCCAUCCUCAUCCACCUUCCUUCUUCUUCGAAUUCCAUCUGCAUAUUCUCUCUCAUUUCCUCAAUUAUUUCCUCAGAUUCUUCUUCUCAGGUCACCUGUUUCGAAAAUCAUAAACACGCAAGGGUUGAUUCUAUUGAGCCUGUAAGUCAAGAAGUCAGUGGUUUUCAUAGAGUGCCAUUUUUUCGAAGAUGGUGUGACAUAGAGGUACUGUCUCAGUGGAUGCUCCAUUAAUCUAUGCAGAUUCAAGUGCUCAACACACUGGUUUCAAAUUGUUUUCACUUAAACUGGGUCAGGUAUUAUAAACUGGCGUUUUGAGGAGGAGAUAAACCACUAUAUAAAGUGACAGCAGACAAGUAUGCAGUCUAAUGAUGGGGAGACUGACGCCCAUUUUCCCAUUCACGUUGAUGGAAUUGGACCUGAGGAAUAUGAACCUUUAAGUAUUGAGAAUAAACUUGGGAGGAAUUUUAAUGGCGAUGACUGUGAAUCCUUUCACAGUGAUAAUUAUAAUUCACUGCAGCUAGAUGCAAAGAAUCCUCUAUCCACUGCCAAUGUGCUGAAGACAUUAUUCUUUGUUCUUGUCUGGUAUACUUUCAGUCUUCUUUUGACCUUAUAUAACAAAUCUUUAUUAGGAGAUCAUUUGGGUAGGUUUCCAGCUCCAUUGCUCAUGAAUACUGUUCAUUUUACCAUGCAAGCUGUUCUAUCCAAUUUGAUCACAUGGAUUUGGUCUAGUCGAUUCCAAUCUUGUGUUACUAUGACAUGGAGGGAUUACUUCACGAAAGUUGUCCCAACGGCUCUUGGAACAGCCUUGGAUGUUAAUCUAAGCAAUGCAUCCCUUGUCUCAAUAUCAGUCACAUUUGCUACCAUGUGUAAAUCCGGUUCUCCUAUAUUUCUUCUCCUGUUUGCUUUUGCAUUCAGGUUGGAAGCUCCUAGCUAUAGACUUGCGGGCAUCAUCUUGAUUAUAUCUGUUGGAAUCUUAUUAACAGUUGCAAAGGAGACAGAGUUUGAAUUCUGGGGUUUUAUUUUUGUUAUGCUUGCUUCGGUUAUGUCUGGCUUCAGGUGGUCCAUGACGCAAAUUCUUCUGCAGCGAGAAGCAUAUGGUUUGAAAAAUCCUUUUACCCUGAUGAGCUACGUGACACCAGUGAUGGCCGUUGUGACAUUGAUGCUAUCCCUUGGUUUAGAUCCGUGGAAAGAAUUUACCAGUAAUGGGUAUUUCAAUAGUAUCUGGCAUGUUACUCGGAGUAGCUUGCUGAUGCUUUUUGGUGGAGCACUCGCCUUCUGUAUGGUAUUAACAGAAUAUAUCCUUGUCUCCGUAACUAGUGCUGUCACGGUUACGGUUGCUGGUGUUGUCAAGGAGGCUGUAACUAUACUGGUUGCAGUCUUUUACUUCCACGAUAAGUUUACCUGGCUUAAAGGUUUUGGUCUCAUCAUAAUUAUGAUUGGGGUCAGUUUGUUCAAUUGGUACAAAUACAAAAAGCUACAGAAGAAAUCUAGUGAAGAUAAACUGGUAGACUCACAGUCAACAAAUGUUGCUAGAAAAUAUGUAAUUCUUGAGGAGACUGACGAGGAAGAUGCCCAACGUUGAUUGCCAAAUUACAUUGUUCGAAUCCUAGUCAAUUCCAGGCCACGGUAAUUUUGAACAGAUUUACUGGAAGUUGUUUCGUAUUACUGCUAUUGAUGGAAUUUUUUUGUACGGCCUCUCUCUAGGCGCUGACCAUAUUCAAGUAUGUAUCAUGCCAGCAUCUUUGUGGCUCUACACAUUUUGGAUUUAGCCUAAAAAAUUUGUAUCAAUUUUGUAGUGAAUGCGGUUCCCUAUUGUUUUAUGCGGUUUCAAAGGACUACUGCCUUUUGAGUGGAUCCUCUACUCAAGCUUUGUAUUCUAAAGUAUUCAUAUGUUAUUCUAUUUUUUCCAUUCA